UAGUACCAAUAUUGACCGUCCUACGCCACCACUAUCACGCGUCGUUCAAAAGUUGUCUUUCUGUGAUUUCUGUCAGUAAGACCAGUAAAACAUUCUUUAUAGUAAAGACUGUGAGCGCUUCCGCUUUGUCUUCCCUACCGUGAAUACGUCAAGAUGCUAUUCAAUGCAACGACCACAACAACGCAAUCUGCUCCAACAUUUUCUUUUGGACAGCCUACGCAAAGCCCCCUCACAGUCACAACAACCACUUCAAACCCAGGGUUCAACUUCUUAGCGAGCAAACCGAGCACGACAUCGUCCACAACAUUCUCUCUCGGUCAGACCGGCACCAGCUUCGGCGUUACACCGUCAACGGCUUCUACGACAGCAGCUGGGACUUUGGCACUCAGCACAACCCAACCAACCUUCGGAACUGCGACCACAACUACUACACCAGCAACUUCGAGCACGCAGACGAUGCAUUAUCGUCUAUUAGAAGAAUCCGUGAACAAAUGGAAACUGGAGCUCGAAGAACACGAGUCCGCUUUCCUCCGCCAGGCCACUCAGGUCAAUGCGUGGGACAGGCUGCUCGUGGCGAACGGAGAGAAGAUUGCCGCGCUCAGCGAGCUCGUCGAAAAGCUCAAGCUGGACCAGCAGCGCCUCGACCAUGAACUAGACUUCAUAGUGUCUCAGCAGGGCGAGCUCGCUGAGCUCAUCGAGCCGCUCGAGCGAGCGGUUCGCGAUGCCCCGGAGCUGUCUCUGCAGCAUCAUGCUGAUCUUGAACGUGAACACACGUAUCACCUCGCAGAAAACGUCAACGCCCAGUUGAAGCGGAUGUCUCAAGAUAUCAAAGAAAUCAUCGAGCAUCUUAAUUCGGCCAAUACUGCUGUCAUUGAGAACAAACCCAUCCACCAGAUAUCGAAGGUCCUGGAUGCGCACAUGAAUGCCUUGACGUGGGUACAACAGAAUUCAGCUCUUCUGCAGCGGAAGACUGAGGAGGUGGAGCGCGCUUUUCAGCAGCAACAGGUCGAGCAGAACAAGUUCCAGAAUAGGUAGUCUCGAGUAUUAAGUGCAAAAUAAACUCUACUUCUCCAGA